CAUGGCUUCUAUUUACAUCACUCCUAACUUUUCAAAAUUACAUGGUGACUGCAUUUUUGCGUGCACCAAAAAUCGAAUAGUUAUGGAGGAAUUAAAGAAAGCGUUGAAACUCCAGGCGAAGCUAUACAACGCAGACACGGCCUUCGUCAGCAUAUCGACAUUAGACAUGGGUCGAAAGUAUCAAAUCACUGAUAUAUCCAAAGUCCAGUCGGCAUAUGGUUUGCGCAUAUUGGUCAGUCUUCAGGGAGAUCGGAGGAUAUUGAAAACAUACUUACCUAAGUCUAUUAAGUUGAGUGAUUCUUAUAUUGACGGUUUCAUUAAUCGGGACAGAAGGUCGGUUCUAUAUUUAAUUUACAAGGGUGUAAAAUCUAACGGAGCGUAUAAAAUCGAUUUUGAAUGAUUCCAGACCAUCAAGUUUAUUAAGAUUGUUUUGAAUAUCGUUAAUUUUCUUUUCGAGAAAAAUUAAAAUACACGUUAUAAAAUAUUUCUUCAAUGUCUAAAAUAUUGAAAACAUAAUGUUGAUGUAAGAUUAGUGUAUUAAUGUUUGCGAAUUGAUUAUACUGCUCGCGAGUUAAAUAAUAUGAUACUAUAAUAAAUUAUACGAGCAUUUUGAAUACAAAAUUAAAUUUUUCUUGUCUUUGUGAAAUAAUACAAACGUGUAAUAGAUUUUUAAGUGUUAUAUCGUUAAGUGCUUCUUGAUUAUGAGAAUAAUAUAGCGUAUCAUCAGAAUAUUAAUUACAAAUUGUGAUUACAGAAAGUCAGUUUAGAAAUUACAUCAUCUUAUGAAAAAUGAUAAUUAUCAGAAAUAACUAAAGUUUUUGGAGGGUUGGAUCCAUACGAUAUUGAUGAAUCAAGGGUCAAAUGUAUUCAGUUUAAUUAA